UCCUUCUAUAGGCCUUGGCCUGAACUCGGAAACAAAACCUCUCCUCAAAGCCCGGCGAUCACUUCCUGUUAGGUCACAUUGUACCUCAGUUUGUGAGAAAUGGCGGACAUGGAUGAGUUGUUCGGGAGUGAUGGAGACAGCGACAACGACCAGCGAGAGUCUGGCUCUGGCUCCGGUUCAGACUCGGAGCCGGAGAGACCCCGAUCUGCCAGCAACGCCUCGGGCAGCGGCAGCGAUAGUGAGAGGGAACGGGACGAUGAUGAAGAAGGCCAUGAGGCGGGAAAACCCAGUAUUAAUAAGGAGCUGUUUGGAGACGACAGUGAGGAUGAGCAACACAGUCGGCACAGUCAACACAGCGGCAGCGACAACCAGUCCGAACGGUCAGGGAACCAGUCGGACGCCAGCAUGCACUCCGACCAGGCGGACAACGAUCACUCCGACGCAGAGCAGCACAGCGGCUCAGAGCGCGGACAUCGAGAUGAAGAUGAAGAUGAGGAGGACGCCGGCCGCCGGUCGGAUGGAGGCAGCCCGGCUGGCAGUCCGGCUGGCAGUCCGGCUGGCAGUCCGGCUGGCAGCGGGAUGUCUGGAGCGGGGAGCCCUCGCUCUGAGAGGGGCAGUGUCCGUUCAGACAGAAGCGUGCACAGUGAACCUGCGACUCCACAGUCGGGACCGGGCACCCCUCACUCUGAGGCAGAAGCUUCUGGCAGGGAGAACCAGUCAGAUGAUGAGAAGUGGGUAGGAGGUGUUAAGAGUGACCAGUCGGAGGAUGAGGAGGAGAAACGUCAUUACUCUGAUGAAGAAAGAGAGAACUCCGAUGACGAGGGGCCGAGGAACAGGAAGCCAGAGUCUGCAAAGGGCAGUGAUAGUGAAGAUGAUUUCCUCAGAGUGAAAUCCAAAGCAAAAGCCGCCUCUGAUUCAGAUUCAGACAGCGAUGUCGGAACAAAGAAAGUAAAGAAGACGGCAGCAGACGACCUGUUUGGAGAGGCUGACGACAUCUCUUCAGACAGCGAUGCAGAUAAGCCUCCGACCCCGGGACAGCCCCUGGAUACAGAGGACGGGAUGGAGGGGGAGCACGCAGAGGAGGCUGCGGCCGAAACUCGUAUCGAAGUAGAGAUCCCAAAAGUCAGCACAGACCUGGGAUCUGACCUUUAUUUUGUCAAGCUGCCCAACUUCCUGUCUGUGGAGCCCAGACCCUUUGAUCCUCAGUACUAUGAGGAUGAAUUUGAGGAUGAAGAGAUGCUGGAUGAAGAGGGACGGACCAGGCUCAAGCUGAAGGUGGAGAAUACAAUUCGGUGGAGAGCCAAGAGAGACGAGGAGGGAAAUGAAACCCGAGAGAGCAACGCACGCAUUGUCAAAUGGUCUGAUGGCAGCAUGUCCCUCCACUUGGGUAACGAAGUGUUUGAUGUUUACAAAGCUCCUCUCCAGGGAGACCACAACCACCUGUUCAUCCGGCAGGGUACUGGACUGCAGGGACAGGCUGUGUUCAAAACCAAGCUCACAUUCAGGCCCCACUCCACAGACAGCGCCACCCACAGGAAGAUGACGCUGUCUCUGGCUGACCGCUGCUCCAAGACGCAGAAGAUCAGAAUCCUCCCCAUGGCCGGACGAGAUCCCGAGUCGCAUCGCAACGAAAUGAUCAAGAAAGAGGAGGAGCGGCUGCGAGCUUCUAUCCGCAGAGAGUCCCAGCAGAGGAGGAUGAGGGAGAAGCAGCACCAGAGAGGCCUGAGCAGCAGUUACCUGGAGCCCGACCGCUACGAUGACGAGGAGGAGGGCGAGGAAGCCAUCAGCCUGGCAGCCAUCAAGAGCAAAUACAAGGGAGGAGGAGGAGGCCUGAGAGAGGAGCGAGCGAGGAUCUACUCAUCAGACAGUGAUGAUGGCUCUGAUGACGACAAGGCCCAGAGGCUGAUGAAAGCCAAGAAGCUAGACAGCGAUGAGGAGGGCGAGGGAUCCAGCAAGAGAAAGGCAGAGGACGGGGACGAGGAAACGGCCACGAAGAAGGCCAAGAAAUAUGUCAUCAGCGACGAAGAGGAGGAGGAGGAGCAGGAGGAGCAGGAGCCGGAGGAGCAGGAGCCGGAGCAGGAGCCGGAGGAGCCGGAGGAGCCGGAGGAACAGGAGGAGCAGGAGCAGGAGGAGCAGGAGGAAGACGAUGAUGAAUAAUUCCUUUUUUUAUCAUUCCACUGUAUUAUCAGUGCUCAGCCCACAUGGCAUAUAAACAGCCAUAUUUUGUUUUGUAUAUUUUCUUAGGACUUGUAUGUGGGUGAGUGUGUGUGUAUGUGUGUGUGUGUGUGUGUGUGUGUGUGUGUAUGAUUGUGUGUGUUUGCUUGUUUAUGUUAUGUACAGCAGAGGUGAGAAAUAAAGAAAUGGUUGUCUUAUGUAACCAAAGUUUCCCAAG